CAUGAUUAAGAGUGGGGCAGCUAUGCUCCAGACUCUUGAUGGCAUGUUUGCUACGUCUAGCAGCUCUGCUAGGUAGAUUGCGCUGAAUGCUGUCACUAAGACAGUAAUGUCUGGAGGAAGUGUGCGGGAUCAUUGUUUGUCAAUGAUUGCAAACUUCAAGAAAGCUGAGGAUCAUGGGGUUAGGUUUGAACAAGAAGUGAAAGUUGACCUUCUCUUACAAUCACUCCCUGAUUGCUUCAGUCAGUUCAAGAUGAACUAUAAUAUGAACAAGUUCAAUCUUGAUCUCACUCAGCUGAUGCACGAGCUUGAGAGUGUUGAACAGUCUCUGGUCAAGCAGGGCAGUGCAUUUCAUGUUGGUGAGAGUUCUGGUAAACCUAAGGGGAAACCCAAGGGUAAGAAAAAGAACAAGAAAAAGAAGAAAUCAGGGAUUCCAGUAGCCAGACCUGUUGCAGUGAGGCAGCCGAAAGGCAAGUACUUCAAAUGCGGACAACAAGGGCAUUGGAAGAAAAAUUGCCCUCGUGUGAAUAAGCAAGUGGUUCAAACAUAGCUUGCCGAUCAGUGAAGGACAAAGAGUGUUGAAGCUUGGCAAUGGGGAACUUGUGUCUGCACUAGCAGUAGGACAAGUUAUUUUAUCUUUUAAUAAUUGCAGAACUUUGGUUUUGGAAGACUGUUUGUUUAUUCC